AUGUCGGAAUUCGAAACAAAUAAAUCGGCAGAGGCCAAGCCUAAGCUACCUAUCACCGUGUCGAAGCCUACUCCCUAUACUUUCGACCUCGGCCAUCUCCUCGCAAAUGAUCCCAACCCCAUCGAAGUCUCUCGUUCGGAACCGCUGAACGCUUCCCUGAAGACUACGGCCCGCGAUGGCGUCCAAUCGCUACUGAACCAACUCUUGACGACAUGCCCCAUCACCUCUUCUCAACAAGGUGUUCUCUUGACGCUGCCUUCCCCUGCGACUGUUCUGCCCCGCCACAAGCCUCUGCCCACGCCCAAGGCCCCGACGAAGUGGGAGCUGUUUGCGCGCAAGAAGGGUAUUGGCAAGUAUAGCGCUAAGCCUGGCGCUGCACUAGCGGACAAGGAGCGCCGCAAGAAGAUGGUCUACGACGAAGAGAAGGGCGAUUGGGUACCGCGCUGGGGUUACAAGGGUAACAACAAGUCGGACGAUAGUUGGCUGGUCGAGGUGAACGAGAAGGACUGGAAGAAGGAAGAGGAUGCUGCCGCCCAAGGAAGCUCGAUCCGUGGCAUGUCUCGUGCGGAGCGCAAGGACAGAAUCCGCCGAAACGAGAGGAAGAUGCGGUCCAACGAGCGGAAGACGAGGAAACCCGGAAGCGGGUGA